ACCAGCCCUCGACCACGACGAAGACCGCCGACACUAUCAGCAAUGGCCCCCUCCAAGAAGUCCAAAUCCACCAAAUCCACCGAGUCCAUCGCCUCGCGACUCGCUCUCGUCGUCAAGUCGGGCAAGUACAGCUUGGGCUACAAGUCGGCUCUCAAGCAGAUGCGCAGCGGCAAGGCCAAGCUUGUCUUGAUUGCCGGUAACUGCCCUCCUCUGCGCAAGUCUGAGUUGGAGUACUAUGCCAUGCUUUCAAAAACCACCGUCCACCACUUUGCUGGUACCAACGUUGCCCUCGGCACUGCCGCUGGUAAACUCUUCCGUGUCGGUGUCAUGACCGUCAUCGACCAAGGUGACUCUGAUCUCCUCACUUUCGCUGAGGGCGCUUCAGCAUAAGGGGAUGCUUUUUGCGAUUUGUGUCGGGUUAUGAGUAUGUUCCCUCCAUGUACUAUGACAUCCAAAAUAUGAGAUCAGGUGUGCAACCGCUUUCA